GGAACCUGGGGACAGCGCUUUGCCGCCGGGCCCAGCGUGCGGGAUGGCCCAGAGACUCGUGCUGAGGAGGUUUCUAUCCAUCUCCCCCCAAAAGCUCUCUGUGCCACUUGUGUCGAUCCUCUCCAAGGUGUCGGCAGCACCAUGCUACCCUAGAUCACUUGUCCCUCUUACCCAGAUCACUGUGCCUGCUUCCAUUAGGACGUUUUCUACCACACCUGUCUGCAGGGCCACCUUUAACAUCCAGGAUGGGUCUGACUUCCAGGACAGAGUUGUGAACAGCCAAAAGCCGGUGGUGGUAGAUUUUCAUGCACAGUGGUGCGGCCCCUGCAAGAUCUUGGGCCCCAGGUUAGAGAAGAUGGUGGCCAAGCAGCAGGGGAAGGUACUGAUGGCGAAAGUGGACAUUGAUGAUCACACAGACCUGGCCAUUGAAUAUGAGGUCUCAGCUGUGCCGACUGUGCUGGCUAUGAAGAACGGAGAUGUUGUGGAUAAGUUUGUGGGGAUAAAGGAUGAGGAUCAGCUGGAGGCCUUCCUUAAGAAACUCAUUGGAGCCUGAACAAGAGAAACCUGCACCCAGGCCUCUGGAUUUGGUCAUGUUGCGUGUUCUCUUGCCAGGAGAGGCGUGAAGCAAAACUGAACUGCCUUGUAGAACCUGUGCCCUUUUUUGUGUGUGGGUGUGGCCCACCUUCUUCUCUUGGGCAGCAGUAGUCCUGAGCAAUUCUGAGGGUGGGAGAAGCUGGAAUUGGGCUUCCAUCUGUCUGCAAAGAACUGGCAGUGGGGAAAGCAGGACGACUGCUGAAUUAGAGGUGUGUUUAUCAGUGUCUGUCCUAUCCAGACCCAGAGCAAUGGGUGGUUACUCUCUGCAAGAUGUGGACACAUUUGCUCUGGGUGGGUUUGUUAAAAUCGGGGAUUGCUCUGCUUCAUCCAUGAUACCUGCAUCCUUGUCCUCCUGUUGCUGGGACAAGUAUGAAUCCUCUGUGGCUCCUUGAGCCUAUGCCACACUCUCCCCUGCUGCUGAUUUAUGAAGAGAAACAUUUUUUUGUUUUUUGGGGGGGGGUG